GAAUAUGUACGAGCAGAGACAGACUCAUUUAUUGAAUGUGCAGACGGAGCAGGCGUCCUCCUCACUCCACAGCUCCUCUUGGAUAUCUGUCGCCUCCUCACAGCUUCAUGUUGUUAUAGAAAUCAAUUGUCGUCGCAGCCAAAAAUGGUGAAGCAGUAGCAUGACACACAUAUGUGAGCAUGGCAGAUAGAAAGGGAAAACCUGUCACUCCGAUCAAAACACUCACAAAGAAAGAACAAGAAGAACUCAAGAAAAAGGAGGAAGAGAAAGCAGCAGAGGUUUUUGAAGAAUUCUUGGCAUCAUUUGAGACCAGCGAGAAAAGCGGAGUGAAAACUUUUGUCCGUGGGGGCAUCGUGAAUGCAACUAAAGAGGAGGAAGCAGCAGAGGUCAAGAAAAGUAAGCUGUAUCGACCUGCAACAAAGUUUGUCCCCGUGUCCCAGCAUAUCUCACCAGUUUCAUCUGCUGAAAGCAAAAAGUCUGCAUUUAAAAGAAAGACAGAAGAAAAGAAGAAGAGUAAUCUUGAACUCUUCAAAGAGGAACUUAAGCUAAUACAAGAAGAGCGUGAGGAACGAUAUAAAAGGAAGAAAAAUGACUCCAGUGGAGGAGCAGCAGGAGGAGGGGGAGCAGGAGGAGGUGGAGGAGGAGGAUAUGGAGAUCUUGACACGCCAUUAUCAGGACGGUCAGUAUUAUAUGACGACCUAACAGUGCCAACCACCACUAACCUCUACAUUAGCUGCAUUAGCCCAAAGAUGAAUGAGGAGAUGCUCUGCAAAGAGUUUGGUAAGUAUGGUCCCCUGGCCAGUGUGAAGAUCAUGUGGCCCCGGACAGACGAGGAGCGCUGCAGGACCUCCAACAGAGCCUUCGUGGCUUUCAUGACACGCAGAGACGCAGAGAGAGCCUUGGCUGCACUUGAUGGUAAAGUGAUUAUGGGGUUUGAAAUGAAGCUGGGAUGGGGUAAACCAGCUCGUAUUCCACCUCAGCCUCUCUACACACCGGUGGGGGUGAGGGCCACGCCGCCACCCCCAUCUGGUCUGCCUUUCAAUGCUCAGCCAAGGGAUCGCUUCCGCAAUGACUUCACCAAGCCGCUGGGCAUGUCCAAAGGAGAGCUCGACAAGACUCUGUCCGAAGCCGUAGUCAAAGUGGUUAUCCCAACCGAAAGGAAUCUGUUAUUCCUCAUUCACAGGAUGAUAGAGUUUGUGGUGCGUGAAGGCCCCGUGUUUGAAGCCGUAAUUAUGAACAAGGAGAAAAACAAUCCAGACUUCAGGUUCCUGUUUGACAACAAAAGCCAGGAUCAUGUGUACUAUCGUUGGAAAUUGUUCACCAUCCUCCAGGGACAGUCACCGACAGAGUGGAGGACCGCAGAUUUUCGUAUGUUCCGGGGAGGAUCCAUGUGGAGACCUCCUGUCCUAAACAAUUACUCUCAGAGAGUUGAAGAAAAAGCCGAGGUGGAGGAGGAUGCUCCCCCUGAGGAGGAGGUGAAGAAAGGGCAGCUCAGAGCUGAGCACAGACAGAGGCUUGAGACGUUGCUGAAGGAGCUCACUCCGAGCAGAGAGGAUGUCGCCAAUGCCAUGCUGUUCUGUCUCGAGCGAGCAGACGCAGCAGAGGAAGUGGUGGGGCACAUCACCGAAUCUUUUUCCUUGCUUCAGACGCCACUUCAGAAGAAGAUUGCCAGAUUGUAUCUUGUGUCAGACAUCUUGCACAACUCGUGUGCCAAAGUAGCCGGUGCAUCAUAUUAUCGUAAAUUUUUUGAAACAAAGCUAACACAGAUAUUUGGAGACCUUAAUGCAGCGCAUAAAAACAUACAAGCCAGGCUGCAGGCAGAACAGUUUAAGCAAAAGGUCAUGAGUUGUUUUAGAGCAUGGGAGGACUGGGCCAUAUACCCGGAGCCUUAUCUAAUCCACCUUCAAAACAUCUUUCUGGGCUUCGCUAAACCAGCGGAGGAGCCGACAGAGACGCCAGAGGAAGCAUCCUCUGAUCUCGACGGUGCUCCGAUGGACAGCACGCUCAUAGAUGGGUUACCUUUGCAGAGCGCUCCAGUGGAUGACCUUGACGGCUGCCCCUUAGGCUGGGACCCUCUUGAUGGAGUCCCUGUCGAUGACAUAGACGGCGUUCCCUUAGGAGCAGGCAUUGACGACAUUGAUGGAAUGCCCUUGGAUGAGAGCAAUGCUCCUCUCUCCGGAGUGCCUUUGUCCAAGUGGGAGAGUGACACAGUGACAUUUUCUCAAGCCAACCCUGAGUCUAAGUGGGACAUGGUGGUGGAGAAUAACAGUAAAGAUGAAGUCAAUGUAAGCAUCAACUCACAGGACCGAGAGGAAGACUCGGAGAGUGACAGUAGUGAUGACUCAGGCGGUUCAUCCAAAUAUGAGAGUGCAGACUUUCAGAGCUCCCUCAGAAGUUUUCAGAUGUCUGAGGGCAAAAGGAAGAGGUUGAGAGAGCUGGAGGUAAAGGUUAUGAAGAUCCAAGAUGAGCUGGAAUCUGGCAAGCGGCCGAGGAAGUCUGGAAUGAGCAUACAACAACAAGUGGAGCACUACAGGAACAAACUGUUACAGAAGGAGUUUGAAAAAGAUGAAAACAAGAUUGAGAGGUCGACGUCGAAAUCUAAAGACAAGUCAAAGGAUGACAGGAGGGACAGAAGACGAGGAUAUAGUAGAGAUCCUGACGACCAGAGCCAAAAGUCAAGGAGCAUCUCUCCUUCAAAGACAAGGUCUCCCAAAUGGUCCAAGCGUUCCCGAUCGCCAUCUCCAGACCGUAAGGCAGGGAAGUCCAGGUCACGGUCGCCGCAUCGCUCCCACAAAAAGGCAAAGAAGAGCAAACACUGACUCUCAGUGACGCUCUGGACCCUGUCAUCCAUUAGCCUGCUGGGUUACACAACGCAGUGCUCUUUAAAGAGACUUGGUACGUCUGUUGUCUUGGUCCCCUCUCACACUAUCCAUGCAAGAUUCAGCACUCUUUUGUAUGAUGAAGUUUGAACACUGUAACUAAUUAUAUAUAUUUUUGUUUUAAUGUUUGUUUUUAAAAUGAUAACCAGAAAUGUUGCUGCAAAGUUCUGACACUAAAUAAAUCACUGCUGGUGAUGAAUGUGUGUGUGGAGGACGUGUUUCAGGGCCAGGUAUCAAAAUGUUACUCACUCACCUAAGUUGUUGGCAAUGAUUUUGAUUUCUCAAGGUUAAAAAAAAGGUUAUCAACAAGCAUUCUUCUAGUUUGUGUUUGCUUUUAUUGAGGAAAUUAAUAGAGCAUUUGGUUCUGUUUACAAAAGCAGCAAGUAUGCAAUGUUAAAGACUGAAUUUACAGUACUAUUUUGUAAUGAAAUGUGCUUUCAUUGAACAAAACAAUUUAUCAAAAGUACGUAAGAGCCAGUGUUGUUUCUGAAAAAAAUUUAAGAUACCCAGCCCCAAUCACAAGUAACUGUAUACAGAUUUCCUGUACCACAGAUUUGCUGUCAUAUGCUGAAAUGUCUGAUAAACCUUAGAGGAAAGCUUGAAGUUAAAUAUAGAAAAGCGAUCUAGAUUUCGGAGGCACAAAUAAUUUCAAACCACCUUGCUUUCGAGACAAAGGGUUACAUCUCUUUACAUAAGACACAUUGAAAUUUGUGACUGACAUUAGGACAGUGUCUUGCACAUAACUCUUCUGAAAUGUGGGAGCAAAAGAAAUUAGUAAGGUGCCCAUACUGUUACAAAUAGCCUUCUAGCUAUACUCAAGUCUUACAGCUGUAAAUUAGCACAUACAUAUCUGAACAGACCGCACACACUCAACAUAUGCAGCUCUUUUUGUUUCUCGAUGCCACACCGUUCACAGUUCCUUGGUAUUAAAGAUAAAAAAUAGAAAUGUGACAGGGAAUCACACAGUCUGUUCUGUACAGUCAGUUUUCUUCCACCCAUUCCCUCAUCUUCCAUUUUAAGGGUCCCUGUUCUCCUGAAAAAGCUACAGACGGCUCUUUGUCUCAGAGGAAUAACCGUUAGGUAGUUGGGUGAUGUUAGAUGGCCCCUGACGGGCUGUCCUUCAUCUUCAGGACUGAUCUCU